CCAGCAGAGCGGCGAGGGCCGGGCCGGCUAAGCCUGCGCGGGGCUGCUUUGCUCGCACGCAGUUCCGCAGGCGGCCGGCGAGUACCCCGCGCUGCGCCGGCAGCGCGAGAGCAGGCAAGCGCCGAGCCGGGCGGGUAGCCCGCGAGACUCUCGGACCAUGGCACUCUGUGCAGGGCUCGUCCUGAAAGGAGAAGACUUUAGCCCUUGUGAUGCCUGAAAAUCACGUGAGUGGGACGCAUCCCCAGUGAUUCAUGCUGACCCUCCUUGUCGUCUCUCCGCCGCUGCUCCACAAACCCGCUCCGCCAUGGGCGAGAAUGAGGAUGAGAAGCAGGCCCAGGCGGGGCAGGUUUUUGAGAACUUUGUCCAGGCUUCCACGUGCAAAGGCACCCUCCAGGCCUUCAACAUCCUCACGCGCCACCUGGACCUAGACCCUCUGGACCACAGGAACUUCUACUCCAAGCUCAAGUCCAAGGUGACCACCUGGAAGGCCAAAGCCCUGUGGUACAAACUGGACAAGCGUGGCUCCCACAAAGAGUACAAGCGAGGGAAGGCGUGCAUGAACACCAAGUGUCUCAUUGUUGGCGGAGGACCCUGUGGCUUGCGCACUGCCAUUGAACUCGCCUACCUGGGAGCCAAAGUGAUCGUGGUAGAGAAAAGGGACACCUUCUCCCGGAACAAUGUGCUGCACCUCUGGCCUUACACCAUCCAUGACCUGCGGGGCCUGGGAGCCAAGAAGUUCUAUGGGAAGUUCUGCGCUGGCUCCAUCGACCACAUCAGUAUUCGUCAACUGCAGCUCAUCCUAUUCAAGGUGGCCCUGAUGUUGGGAGUUGAAAUCCAUGUGAAUGUGGAGUUUGUGAAGGUUCUCGAACCUCCUGAAGAUCAAGAAAAUCAAAAAAUUGGCUGGAGAGCAGAACUCCUCCCCGCAGACCACCCCCUGUCAGAGUUUGAGUUUGAUGUCAUCAUUGGUGCUGAUGGCCGCAGGAACACCCUGGAAGGGUUCAGGAGGAAGGAAUUCCGCGGGAAGCUGGCCAUCGCCAUCACCGCCAACUUCAUCAACAGGAACAGCACGGCUGAGGCCAAGGUGGAAGAGAUUAGCGGGGUGGCCUUCAUCUUCAAUCAGAAAUUCUUUCAGGACCUGAAGGAGGAAACAGGGAUUGAUCUAGAGAACAUUGUUUACUACAAGGACUGCACCCACUAUUUUGUCAUGACUGCCAAGAAGCAGAGCCUGCUCGACAAAGGUGUCAUCAUCAAUGACUACAUCGACACGGAGAUGCUGCUGUGUGCUGAGAACGUGAACCAGGACAACCUGCUGUCCUAUGCCCGGGAAGCUGCAGACUUCGCCACCAACUACCAGCUGCCAUCCUUAGACUUUGCUAUGAACCACUACGGGCAGCCCGACGUGGCCAUGUUUGAUUUCACCUCCAUGUAUGCCUCAGAGAAUGCUGCCCUGGUGCGCGAACGGCAGGGACACCCGCUGCUCGUGGCCCUUGUGGGCGACAGCUUGCUUGAGCCAUUUUGGCCCAUGGGUACAGGCUGUGCCCGUGGCUUCCUGGCGGCCUUUGACACAGCGUGGAUGGUGAAGAGCUGGGACCAGGGGACUCCUGCCCUGGAAGUGCUGGCCGAAAGAGAAAGUCUUUACCGGCUGUUGCCUCAGACAACCCCGGAGAACAUCAACAAGAACUUUGAGCAGUACACGCUGGACCCAGGGACGCGGUACCCAAACCUCAACUCACACUGUGUCCGGCCCCAUCAGGUGAAGCAUCUGUACAUCACCAAGGAGCUGGACCACUACCCUCUUGAGAGACUCAACUCAAUGAGGAGAUCCGUCAACCUCUCCAGGCGGGAGUCAGAUAUCCGGCCCAGCAAGCUCUUAACCUGGUGCCAGCAGCAGACCAAGGGCUACCAGCAUGUCAAUGUCACUGACCUGACCACAUCCUGGCGUAGCGGCCUGGCCCUCUGUGCCAUCAUCCACCACUUCCGGCCGGAGCUGAUCAACUUUGACUCUUUGAAUGAAGAUGAUGCUGUAAAGAACAACCAGCUGGCAUUUGAUGUGGCCGAACAUGAGUUUGGGAUCCCUCCGGUGACCACAGGCAAAGAGAUGGCAUCAGCCCAGGAGCCUGACAAGCUCAGCAUGGUCAUGUACCUCUCCAAGUUCUAUGAGCUCUUCCGGGGCGCCCCGCUGCGGCCUGUGGAUUCUUGGCGCAAAAGCUAUGGAGAAAAUGCCGACCUCAGUUUUUCCAAAUCCUCCAUUUCUAAUAACUAUCUCAACCUCACACUUCCCAGGAAAAGGACCCCUCGGGGAGAUGCCCAAACGGAAGAGAACGACGUGAACAAGCGGAGGCGGAAAGGCUUCAUCACCGUGGACCAGGAUUGUGUGCGCAGGCUGCCAACCUUCUCCAGCCAUAGUUUGGGUUCCUCUCAAGAGUGCGGCAACAGUAAGGAAGCAGGAAAUCAGAACAAAGUCAAGUCCAUGGCGAGUCAGCUGCUGGCCAAGUUUGAGGAGAGCACACGGAACCCCUCAGUCCUGAGGCAGGAGCGCCGUGUCUCAGGGAUAGGUAACCCCGUCCUGUGCUCUUCCGCUGACCCUCCUGUAGACUCGCACUGCCCCACGCCGAAGGAGCCCACUCCCAGCCCACCGCCUCCUCUGAAAAGGCAGCUCUCCUCUGUGCUUGUCAUGGGGCAGGUGCUCAGGGAGCUCAAGCAGGUGUCUCCUGGUGGCGAGUGUCCAAGCCGGCCCUGGAGAGCCAGGGCCAAGUCUGACCUGCAGCUCAGUGGCCCAGAAAACCUUGCCUCCCUGCCUCCCGCUUGCCAGGGGGCCCUGGCCCUCUCGGGGGUACUGCGGCGGCUACAGCAAGUGGAGGAAAAGAUUCUCCAGAAGAGGUCUCAGAACUUGGCCAACAGGGAAUUUCACCAAAAGAACAUUAAAGAGAAAGCGGCUCACCUCGCCUCCAUGUUUGGACACGGGGAUUUCCCACAGAAUAAACUACUCUCUAAAGGCCUGUCUCAUACUCAUCCUCCAUCUUCUUCCUCUUGCCUUCCGUCUCCUGAUCCAGCUGCUACUUCUACUCCAUCAACUGUUGACUCUGCUUCUCCUGCCAGAAAGAGCUCAAGGUGUCUCUCACCAGAGAGAGCCAGGGCCCCGAUGCCUCUUCCAAACAGACGAUGGGCUGCUCUGACAGCCCAGUGACCCAAGGCUGCCUCAAUUCAGGGGAGCUGGAGGAAGAAAAAUGCACUUGGAAACGGAUGCUCAGUCCUUGGCAACCUCCUGACAGGCAGUGUGUUCUGUGCCUGCCCUAGAGCCCUGCACCCCAACUAAGAGGAUCCAGGACUUGGUCAAACUCAUCAGGAGGAGCACGUGUUACCCAGAGGACACAAACUUGAGUCAUGAGCUCCAAAACAUGCAGCCAGAGCUCUGGCUUCAGACUAUACUUACUCAGUUGAUGCUUUGCUUCACUGAGGUCAGAGUGGGCCUGGAUUUUUUUUCUUUUUUUUUUUUUUUGGUCUGAACAAUCACAGGGAAUCUUGAGGCCUUCUCAUUUAGGGCCCAAACCCUUGCCAGAGCCUGUCUUUCAAAGCCUUGGACUAUGCGAUCUGUAUCCAGUCUGAAGUCUCCAACACCAUUUUUCUCAGCCAUCCCAUCAAACCAGCCCCUAGUGGUACCUGCUCCCUACAAACCAGUGGUUUCUUCGAGAAGAGAGGCUGUCCUGAUUUGGCCAGAGCUAUUGGUGCCACCAUCUACCAGAACCGUUCUUGCAGGAACAAGGUGGCAGCGAGUAUUUGCACAGCUGAGCAGGGGCCCUGCUUCACCAGACUGGGAGCCCAGGGUUAGUCCUCCUGCAUCAGAAGAGCAGCGAGCAUUGCAAAAGGAGCUCUCUCUUCUCCUGAGGGUGUUUGUUUUAAAACUGGAUUUGGAGAGCUUAGUCUGUAGAUUGCAUGUUAGACAGAAAUAGAACCACUGGGCAAGUUUUGGCUGAGCAAUCCUCCUUGGCCCCAUCUGGCACAAGGACAGGUCCCAAGGCCACCUCCAACAUCAAGUCCCCUCCCUCUGCUCCAGAGAUAGAGCUGGGCAGCUUUUUGAAGGUCUUUAGUGUGCAUUGCAGCCUGGCAGGUUUGAAUUUGCAGAGUGCCGUUGUGUGCCAGGGAGGCAGGGUGCUGUCCAGAGAGUGUGAGCUUGGAGUCAGACUUGAUUUCAAAGCCCCAGCUUCUCACUGUGUGACCUUGGACAAGGUAGUGGACCUCUCUGAGGACUGUAAUAUAGAGAUGUCAUCAGCCACACCUGAAGGUGACUGGAAUACAGCAGUGAUCUGUUGUAGACAAAAAGCUUGAAAUAUCAGUAAAUGUUUUCUUUCCUAGUAAAAGAGACCUGUAGAAGAACGCUCAUAUUUACCUCAAAUGCAUGUCGAUCCCUGUCUUUCUAGAGGAAAAGUAGACAGUUCAGGUUUCUAUCUUCAUCCCAGCCCCUUAAGAACAGUGAAUCAGAACCUCUCUGAGCUUCAGCUGCCUCACCUGCUCAAGGGGAUUCGGAGACCACCCCUCCAAGUACACCUUGCAGGGCUGUGCCAGCUAAAUGCAUAUGAUCAGCAGCACAGUGUCUGGGACUGGGGAAAAAUGGAGGCAGACAUGGGGUCUCAUUGAGAAGUCACCCCCUGAAGGGUUGCCUGCAUCUCAGCUCUAAGAUGCAAUUCCCAGACCCCCUUAAAUAAAUCUCUUUCAGUUCCCUCCCAUCAGGCAGUUAGCUUAGGACUCAGGCCCUCCCUCUGAUGUUUCUCAUCCAAGGACUCCUCAGUGAGGAUGUCCUUGCCCACAUAGACUUGGGGGACCUCCUCUGGCCCUAACUGUUGAGUCCAGCCCUGCCCACACAGUCUCAGUCCAAGGCCCUGAAAGCUUGGUUAUCUGAUGCCCAGACUAGGCCACAUGGCUGCAGGUGGCUCAGCACUGGGUAGCAGGUGUUCUUUGGCUGAGUUCCAAGCCCGAGGAGGGAUGUUCCAUUGUUUGGACACCUAGGCCCCAGGAGCCUGCUUCCUCCUUUAUUCAGAGUAUCUUGCCUAUGCUAGGACUAUAAAAAUAAAUAAAACAGGGCUGCUGACAUCAAGAGCCCCAGCCUGGAGGCGGAAAUGGGCCAAGGACGUAGUGUGAGAAAUGCUUCUGCUUCCAGGCAGAGACUCCUGCUCUCAGCUGCGGACAGGAUUGCCUGAGCAAUGUCUCUUGGUGGAGGGCCAGCAUCUUCUGCAGCCUCUGGCACUGAUGCUUGCGAUAAUGUUAUGUCACUGUGCUUAAAUCUAAACUGGAGAAAGGACAACUUUGUUCCGGAUGAGCUACAUCAUUCUUGCUCAGGCAGAAAGUGGAAGUCUCCUCUCUUAAGUGAGAAGAGGGAAAAAGUCUUAGAACAUGGAAAUAGACCUGUACUGUGGCAGGGCUUUGAGCUCGUUAACUAGUUACCGAGGGCCUUCUGGGUACCCAGCCCGGAUUCUUUAUGACUCUUCUGCAGGCCAGCAAAGUUGGUAGUGGUCUCUCCAUUCUACCAAUGAGGGAGUUGAGGUUCACAGAAGGGAAAUGGUAUAGGUGGGGUUAACCGAAGGUGAUGAGAUGAUAGCCUGCCUGAAAUGUCCAACCACUCUAACUUGUUCUAAUUAAUUAGCUGAGAAAUAAUUAGAAUUCAAAAGGAGAAAAAGGUAGUUAAAAAAAUACCCAAGUCUUGAAAACUGUAAGAAUGUCGAGAGAUUAUAAAGGAUUGCAAAAGCAAUCCUAUGAAACUCUAAAAUUGCUAAUGCUUAAAAAACUAGUGAGCGGGAGGUGAUCAUUUUUGGCAAAAUCACCAAAUUACGCAAGUGGGCAUUUGGGUAAAUUGUACCCAGCCAAAUCCUGAGUGCUCUCUGACCGGCCUUCCCAGGGAACAUACAUGGCUUGUCAUUCAGCAUAUGAAUCGCCUUGCUAAGCACUUAUGGCUCUUACUGAGGUCAACACCAAGAAGUUUCUCUGUGAGUUGAGCAUUUCUUUACUCCUCAGAAGAUAGGCAACCUGGUAAUUCCCCAGCUGAUGACAGCAGGGCUACUCAAAGUGUGCUCCAUGGGCAGGGACUGGCCUGUGAUCAUCAGUGAGUGCAGCAAGUGGGAGUGGCGUUAGAAAUUGCAGAGCAAUUUGAUAUCACCACACAUCCAAAUGUGUGAUCACAGUUCUAGUCAUUUAGGGUUAUGGUAUCCAGAAAUAUUCAGCCACAACACAUCAGAGAUUUAAAUAGAAAAAAAAAAACCUGGUCAUGGUGCACACAUAAUUUGAGGAGCACUGAGCUAGCAGAAGCCAGCUGGUUAGACCCUCACUCUUGUGGAACCAACACAGCCAUCCUGCCAUCAGGAAUAGAGAGAGGACAACCUUGAUCCUGGCAGGGAAUGUCUGCCUUCGCACUGGUCUUCCUUGCGACCUCUCCUGGAGGUCCCAGUCUCCAUCUUGGUGACUGGAAUGGUCUCCGGCAGGUUAGAAAGGGCAGAUGAGACCUAGUGUGGGUCACUCACCCUAAGGAUCCUUUCAGUUCAGUUCCUUUUCAUGACAAUCUCUCAGAAGGUAUGAGUGAAUGCCACUGGGAGAAGGGAGCCCUGUUGCCCAUAAUGACAGGAAGGGCUAGGUGUGGUCUGCACCCUGGAUCUGCUGGCCGGGUGACCUGGACAGUGUUCUGUGCUUAUAGAAUUGAGCAGGCGCUGACUGCACAGGCAUGUUUUGGUGACACCCUCCAGCAACCUCACAGCCCUGCACGCUUCAGUAAUUGCUCCCUAAGUCGGAGUUGCUGAGAAGCUCAGUGGCAUAAAGUGCUUAUUAGCUAAGUGCUUAAUAAGGUCUCAUUAGGAACCUGUAUUUAAAGCAUCAGAGAGUCCCGUCUCGAUCUCUGCUCCAUCAGGAGAGGCCAUCAUUGUGUGUGGGUGUCAUGGCGUCACCCACUACCUUUCUGAGAGAGAACUGUGGAGCCAGUUCACACACUGGGCCAGUGGAGACAGCCACCCAAGGGGCUGGCAGACAGUACCAAAAGAAAAUCUCCGCUGCCUCCUGUCGCCCUGUUUAUUUUAGAAUAAACCCAGAAGUACUUUGUCCUGCAGCCCCUGGCUGAGGGGCUGAGUUGGGAUCCCAGUGGGGGAUAGAGAACCAGGCAAACAAUGGCUUACUCUCUUGAGCCAGCGCACCUGAGCCUCCCCGGAAGCAGGAGCCAAGUUUCUUGGCACUUGUAGCCUCCUGAAAAUGGCAGGGAGCAUGCCUGGAAGCAGAAUCCCAGUCUUCCUGAGGCCGGGCCAGCAUGGGGGCAGGGGUGGAGGGGUGGCAGCUGCUGCCCCUGAGAAGUGGCAGGCUUUGUAGUCUGAGGACGCCCCAUCUGCCAAAGCCUGAAGGAUCCGACAACCCCAGCAGGCCUGCAGCGUGUUCUGCCCUGUCUCCGGGAGCCAUAUACACAGAUUAUUCCAAAGCUGCUCUAAGGAUUGGGGCUUCCAUGAUAAGAGAGAGAGUAAGGGUCUCCCGGGCCCAGCCGUUCUCCCCAGCGUUCUGGGCCCCCCUCUCCCUGUGCCUCCCUAGAGCGCCUACGCGUUUGCUGCAAUCAGAAGAGCUGACCUUUGGUGCAGGCGAUGGCCCUGCUGUCCAGAGGUGGGGAGCUGUGCGGCCUGCUGCCCUUUGCGUCACUGUCUCCUGAACCUCCCGCCUUGUAUUUGAGCCUGUGUUACCAGAGCAGAGGUGGCCUCCCAAGAGCAGCCUUGGCUUCACGUGGAGAGUGUCAUUUCACUCACUCCCAAGGCCCUGUUACUUGUGGUCCUAACACCCGCCAGCUUUCACCCAGAGGCCCUGCACCCUAAACUGCUUGUUCUGGCCUCUCCUUCUAGGAGCUGGAUUUGGAGGUGAAGCAGGGGCAGGACUCCCCCUCCCUCCGGAGUCCAGGGGUCAGAAACAUUAUUUCCAGAGUCUCAUGCUGUGGGUAUUUGCCUCCCCUGAGGGGAGAUGGCAGUGCUUCCAGGGAGAGGGGCUUUCAGAGCUGAGGGGAGAAGGGCAGCGAGCGAGGGUCUGCUGAGGGUGUUGUGUGAUUGUGCCACGCUCCGGGCCGACAACUCUAGCCCUUCCGCAUCCCGUUCUCAUGUGGCUGGGGACCCAGGCGUGCAUGGGUACCGUUAAUAGCAGUAGUACUCACCACCCACCAUCAGGUGGUGCUCUUAGGACCCACUCGGGACUGCUGCCUCCCCACUCUGGGUUGCGCCUGCCCAGAACCAGCUCUGGGGCCUGCUGGCCACUGCCACGGAGCUCCCCAUCCUGCUCCUCCACCAGCCUAGGGCAGCCCAGCCGUCACUCCAGCCCAGCCACCACUGAUGGCCAAGGCGGCCCAUGGUCCUUUCCGGGAGGGACUCAUCGGACACAGAUACAGCUCUCUGGGGACUGGGAGCUGCAGGGUAGGCUGGGUGGGCCGAAUCCAGAGUCAUGGUUAUCUUGAGUCUAGGCCCAGCAUCUGCUAAGUGUCACACAUCGAAAUACCCCUUGUCUCACACAGUCCUUUCCAUAAACGCACGAGGCAAGUACAACUCUCCCUGUUUUACUAGGUGAGGAAAUGGAGCUCAGAAGCUCAGGCGGACCCAUCAGUGGCAGAGCUGGGUCCCGGUCCGUGCAGGCCCCACUGCCCGCUCAACACCCCCAGCCCCAGGAAGGCAGCUCUCUGGAGGAGGAGGGCCGCAGAUUAGCCUGUUGUCUGUGAGGGCCAGUUCCCCGUUUCCUACUUUCCUUUGUCGGCUUCUCUGUCCCACAGGCUUUUGCAGGCUCUGGUGACACAGGUGUGAGGCAGACCUUGUGGGUAGGGAUUGGGCCCAAAUAGCACAAUUCCCCAGCCCCUGCUGAGAGAGGCUUGACCGCCCCAGGCUGAGCUUGGGAGACCUGAGAACAUUCCUGAACCCUCCAUUUGUGGGCUCACCAGAUCCCUUCUCCUCUCUGGGAUUCAUUCACCCCACCUGUGCAUCCAGAGGUUCAGUGAACCCCUCAAGGCCUUGCGACCCCAGUGGAUAUGGUUCUGUCAGUCACCUGGGUUACCUAGGGCCAUGGGGUUUUACAUUUUUAUAGUGUUAAAAGACACUUAAUUAAAAUGUGCCAUUGAACCAUUUUUAAGUGUACGCUUCAGUGAUAUCAAGUACAUUCAUAAUGUCGUGGAACCAUCAGCACCAUCUCCCGCACUCUGUUCACCUUGUAAAAUUAAAACUCUAUAUCCGUAAACAAUAACUCCCCAUUCCCCUCCUCCAGGCCCUGCCAUCCACCAUUCCGAGGUCUGACUCUGAUUUUGAUGACUCUAGGCACCUCAUAGAAGUAGAAUUGUAGAGCAUUUGCCUUUUGUGUGGCUUCAGAGUUUUCUUUCUUCCCUCCUGUCCAUCCCAGGAUGCCUGCCAUCUGCUCCUGGCGCGUUUGCCUCUCCUGAUGUUGCGUGCUCUUGGCAUGUGGGUGCAGAGCCCUC